AUGGCACGCAUCGAACCACUGACCAUCGAAAACGCAUCCCCAGCCGGCGCUGAAAUCCUCAGCGCGAUCAAAGGCAAGAUCGGGAUGGUCCCAAACAUCUACGCUGCGAUGGCGCACUCGCCCGCCGCACUGAGCGCCAAGCUCUCGUUUGACGAGGCAUUCGGAAAGUCCACGCUCUCCGCAGCCGUCAAAGAGCAACUCGCGCUCGCGAUUGCUGGAGCAAACAGCUGUGACUACUGCGCCUCAGCGCACACCGCCAUCGGCAAGGGCGCUGGACUCGACGAGAAUGAACUCGGAAGCAACCUCGCCGGCAACGCGAGCGAUCCCAAGGUCCAAGCGCUGCUCACACUCGCGAAGAACAUCGUCGCUACCCAAGGCAACCUCUCCGACGACCAGGUCGCCCAAGCACGUGAAGCCGGCGUGACCGACGCGGAACUCGUCGAAGUCGUCGCGACCGUCGCGAUCAACAUCUUCACCAACUACUUCAACCACAUCGCCGCGACCGACAUCGACUUCCCAGUCGUCAGCACCGAAACCGUCGCUUCGUAA